AUGGAGUCUACCGUAUCCGUUUCAAAGGGUGUGUUUCUAUUCCCUAGUACAUUGAAAAAACCUAAAAAUGUAAAGCAAAAAACCAACUUGUUCGAAAAACAAUUCAAGAAAGAACCAUGGUACAAGGCAUAUAAAAAGAACUGGGGCAAAAUUGAGUCUAGAAUAACGGAUUUGCAUCAAAAAACCUAUGAUGUCCUACUGAAUGACAUGGUGAACUACAUAAAGUCAUUCUACGGAGGUAAUGAAUCACUAACCUUGGAGGGUAUCAUACCCAGUGCCACUCUUCUUACCGGAGUCAACCAGCCGGACCAUGUGUCUCAGUUUGAAACACUUAUAUCUAAAAUAAGGGAUGAAGUGACACCUCACAUUGCAAUGGUGAAUUCGCAAGAUGCAUCUACAGUGAAGCACUUAGUUGAGAAUGCAGUUUGGCAGCUGGUAAAUGGACAUGAACUAAUGGAUGACAGUGCAGAUUCAGAUGAUGAAACACUGCCAACAAAGAAGAAAUUAAAAAAGAACCAAUGUACAAUGAGACUAUUACAGAACUGGUACAACAAUAAGUAUCUCAGCCCCUCUCCUAAGAAACGACAAACUGUCUCCAUGAGAUCACUAGUCAUCAUUAUACCGGACUUUGAAAGCUUCAAUUGUAAUGUUUUACAAGAUUUUGUUAUGAUUAUAAGUUCGUACGUGUCAUCUCUGCCGAUAGUGUUCGUGUUCGGCGUGGCCACGUCCGUGUCGGCGCUGCACAAGUCGUUCCCCUACCACGUCUCCUCCAAACUGCUCAUCAAAGUGUUCCAUUCACAUUCGUCGCCGGUAUACAUGAAUCAGGUGCUUGAAGAUAUAUUCCUGACCUACACAAGUCCCCUCCACUUGUCUGGAAAAGCGUUCGAGCUGUUGACUGACGUGUUCUUGUUCUACGAUUUCUCGGUCACAGGACUUAUUCAAAGCAUAAAGUAUUGCAUGAUGGAACACUACUAUGGAGACAACGUGAAAUCUCUCUGCUGCGGACGAGAAGACAUCGAAAACGUAGCCGCCAAAUUAUCAGCAGAAGACUUAGAAACCAUCCGGCAACUACCCUCUUUCCGACCUUUUCUCGAGGCACAAGAUUGUGAAACUAAAAUUGGUCUGUUUGAAGACGACAAUUUCUUCAGAGAGGUGUUGUGUCAAGAAUUGAACAAGCUACAUGAUUACUUGCACAGCUUUUAUUUGUGUGUGCGGCUGUUGGCGGCGUUUUUGAAGGAUCUGCCUAAAAAUAUUAUUGGGAAGACGGUUCGCGAAAUAUACACCAAAUGUGCCGGCGAAUCCGUAACCAAAACCCAAACUUUCAAAGAAUGCAUGCAGCUAAUAAAUUUCCAAUCACAACUGAAGCUACUAGACAGUAUACAGGGCGCACUUAAAGUCGUCAAUACGGAGCUACAAGUUGUAUCACCAGUAAAACCUCUUAGAUCCUCACCAACCAAGAACAACACUAACAAAUUAGUCUUAAAUAACGAUUUAGGAGAAACUUUUGCUAAGACGGUUAGGAUUCAUUUGCUUACGUUUUUGAGGCAGCUCGAAAACGCCAAUACUGAGGCCACUGUGCUCGCAGAUGUAGCUAAUCAGACUGAGGAUGAUAUGGAAAUUGUGCCGGGAAAUAGGUACAAAUUGAAAGAGCAACUAUUACGUGCGACGAGGGCAGACCGCAUCCAAUCUGAGUUCGAGAUGAUUCGCUCGCGUUUCGUCAGCUAUCUUGAGGACAUGUUUGCAAAGGGCUUACAACCGCCUUCUACGCAGACUUUCCACGAGGUGUUAUUCUUUACUGACGUGAGCAGCGUCAGGAAACAGAUCGUCGGCUCCCCCCGCGGCGCCGUGCACACCGCGCUCAGCAACCCACACCAUUAUUUACAGUGUUUAUGCUGCCGCCUCUCAUCAUCGGACAGCGCUUCAGCAACACUCCCGGACGUGUGUCUAGCGUACAAGCUGCACCGCGAGUGCGGGAAACACAUCAACCUGUACGACUGGCUGCAAGCGUUCGCCGCGGUCCUGUGCCCGGGCGAUGAAGAAGGAGACGUGCACACACAGGCACGCUUCACCCGAGCCGUGUCUGAACUCCAAUUCCUCGGCUUCAUCAAGUCUUCAAAGAGGAAGACGGACCACGUGAUGCGUCUCACCUGGUGAUGGACCUUCAGUUCAAGCUAGAGUCAAACCAGCGGGAGCGACCAC